UUUCAACACUACUAUAUAACAAAUAAUUUUAGGCAUGGGUUAUAGUGUUAUGUCAGUACACGCAGGUUCUGAGCCAUUCAAUAGUGCCCUACUUCGUGCAAAAGAGAUCGCUGCUAAACUACAAAGCUCAAAAGAAUUGAACGGUGAGUACGAAGACGGCUCACAAGACUUUGAUUCCAGAAAGAGGAGUUUUAACGGGGAGGAACCAGUCAGCAAACGACCAAUGAUGAUGGACGGUGGUGGUUACAUGAAUCAGACUAGCGGUGGACAAGGGAAUCUGAAGGACGAGAUAAGAGUGUCAGGAUCCGUGAUACAGUACCUCUCUGGCGAGACCCUCGGCAGAUUGCAGGCUCAAACCGGCUGUCACGUCCAGAUCCCGCCCUCAGGCCCCGACCCUACUGCUGAACGAUCCAUCACAUUAACUGGUAACAGGCAAUGUAUUGAGCACUGCAAGGAACAGAUAAAAGACAUAAUUCACCAGUACGCGCCCCAGACUCCAAUUGGAGGUAUCCCCGGAACGGGCGAUCCUCCAGGCCCAGAGAUGAUGCAGCAGAUGGGCCAAGUCGAGACAGUCGACAUGCUCAUUCCUCAAGACAAAGUUGGUCUCGUUAUCGGACGUGGCGGUGAGACGAUAAAGGAUUUGGCAGUUCAGAGCGGCUGUAAAAUGAACAUGGUUCAGGAUGGCAUGUACGCAAACGCCCCAGAAAAACCACUCCGCAUGCACGGUACUCCUUUCCAGAUCCAGAAAGCUAGAGAACUGGUUAGCGGAAUUAUCCAGCAACAACAGUACCACAAUAGAAAUAACUACGGAGGACAAGGAGGCGGUCAAGGAGGCGGUGGUGGUGGUGGUGGAGGUGGUAACUUCAACCAAAACCAGGGACCCUUCGAGGCUACUUCGAACUUUGCUGUCGGCAAGGAAUACGUCGGUAUUGUCAUUGGUCGGGGUGGAGACACGAUCAAGAGGCUUCAGUCCGAAACUGGAGCUAAGGUCCAGUUCAACACCAUCGACCCUGGCGCACCAGGAGACAGAUACCUUGUUAUUCAGGGAACUAAAGAGCAGGUCGCCGAGGUUGAAGGUCGAGUGAAGGACCUCCUGACGAAAGUUCAACAGAAGGACAACAGAGGUGCUGGUAGCAUGCAGGACGUGUUUAACGUUCCCGCUAACAAAUGCGGCCUGGUUAUUGGAAAGAAAGGAGAGACGAUAAACCGUAUGAAGGAGCAAACUGGAGCUCACAUUGAGAUGAAUAAGAACUCUCCUCAUGAUGCCCCUACCAAACAGUUCUUCAUUAAGGGAACCCCUGAACAGAUCAAGGCUGCUAAAGAUGAGAUCGCUAAAAUUGUCGGCGAUGGAACAGAUCCAUACGGUGGCGGUGGUGGUGGUGGUGGUGGUUACGGCGGAGGAUACCCGCAACAGGGAGGAUUCCCUCAGCAGGGUGGUGGUGGUGGCGGAUACAACCCCGCUAUGAUGCCUCCUGGUCAGGAUCCUGCAGCGCUAGCGUAUCAGCAGCAGAUGGCUUAUUACUCCCAGUACUCUCAAUACUACCAACAACAGCAACCCGCCGCUGCUCCCGCAGUGUCCCAACCUGCUCCAGUCUCGCAACCCGCCGCUGCUCCCGCAGCCGCGCCCGCACAAGCCGGCCAAAGCGUUCAACAACAGUGGGCUGCUUACUACCAGCAGUUGGUUCAGAUGUACGGUGAACAACAGGCCCAGGUUUACUGGACUCAGCUAAGUCAGCAGCAACAACAGCAGGGAGCCGCCCCUCAGUAGUUACAAGGCUGUUGAAGUGUUAUAUGAAAGAUCCAGUGCUUGGUUUUAUAAGUGGAGCACUAAGGUAAAGAGGACUGCCAACUCUUGACCCCGAAAAUUUGGACGCUUGACGGCUUUCUUGUGCCAGACCAUAUUUUUAAUCGUUCAAAUAUUCAAAUCUCUGUUUUUAACGACUUAUUUUUGAGCCGCACCCUAAUUUGAAUCUUCCUCUUUUGGCAAUAUGUUUUUGGUUAAGAAAACUGUUUAACGCUAGGAGAGUUGAAUUUGUCUUGAAAUUUUAAUUUGUCAGUCCAUCUGUAGAUUCCAAUGUUAUAACUUAUAGCCAGCUAUUUUUGUUAUUCUAUUUUAAGAAAA